UGGUUAAGCAAAUUCAAUAUGGAGUGAAAUUGAAUGACUGCUGGAGUAGGUUAUGAGGGGGUCACAGUACUAUAAUAUUACCUAGAUGCAAGUGUCGGGUAAAUUUAUGUACGUAAAGUUAAUAUGGUUAAAAUGUCACCUUCACAUCUUUAUUUGAAAAAGAAAGAUUAAAAAGCUUGUAAUACUUGGGUGUGGUUUUCUAGUUUUUAUGGAUAUUUAUUUACAACGAUAUUAUUGGGGGCACUAUCUAAAUUUAAGGCAAAUGCAUUAGCCCCGGCAAGUAGAUUGUAAACAUGAAAUAAAAGCAAGCGUUUAUUUUUAUUAACUGUAGGAAUAAUACCUCGUAGUUUUGUUUUGUGUAAAGGACAGCGGUUGGCUAAAUAAGGAAAAAUAGGAAGGAAAAAAAUGGAAAUCUGAGACAAGAUUUAUUUAUUACAUUGUUAAAACUAUUGAAAGCAGUUGAAAUUCACACUACACAGUGUUUAAAUCUACAGUAUUGUCACACGACAUCAAAAUAUAUUCUCAGAUAUUUUGUUGUAAGGGUGAAUAAAUUAAACAGGAUGUUUUGAAAGGAAAAAUAGUUUACGUUUAAAGUAUAAUGAAAAGGACCUUGUGUGAAUAGCUUGUAAGUUUUGAUUUGUGCAUAAUUUUUAGUUGUAUAAACAAACAUGGAUGAGAACACAGUGGAGCAAACAGGGGAGGAAAUAGUGCAUAAAAGCUUAUGUAGUAACAGUCAAGGUAAAUCUUUUGAUGAUUCGAUCAAUAGUAAUAGCCCACAACAAUAUAGUAUUAACAAUGCAUAUAUUACACAUGACCUGUGUAUUCAAGGUGUCGGUCAUAUACAUUUAGAUGAUCAGAAAAACCAGUUAAAUCUACAUGAUUUACAUUUGUCAGGAUCUAGUGAACAAAAUGAUUAUAGAGUAAACAAGCCAGAGGCUGAGUGUAUCAUUGAUACUGUGGAAAAUGAUUUAUGUAUAAGUGAAGGGACUACUACUGUUUCCAGUGUGAAAAGGUCAAACUUGGACAUUGAUUGUGUCAACAAUUUCAACAAUAAAGGAGACAUACUGAAAGAAGAGGAAAGCUCUAAUGAACUUGAUAUGGCAGAUGUAGAAAAGUAUACACUUAAAAAUGGUGGGGAUGGGGAAGAAGUGUUUGUUGAGAAAGAUGGUAAAGGUUUUUACCUUGAUGAUAAGCCGUCAAGAAAUUCUUGUGAAUCAGAAGAGAUAGCAGCAAAAGCUAGGAAAAUAGAUACUGAUUCUGAUCCAAGAUCAGGGAAUUUUGAUCCACCUCAGGACAUAUUGAAUUUCAAAGAAGUUCCAUUAAAUGUUGCCACCCAGCGCACCCAAAGUACAGGCUCAGAUAUGAGUAAUCUGAGUGACACGGCUAGUAUUGACGAUGAUGGCUUCAUGGUCGGACAGUCACAGGACCCAUGUGAAUGUGACGAGUGUUUGUUAGACGCAGAUCCAGACGCCAAACCAAAACCUCCGCCACCAUUUAAAAAGCAGAGUUCAUGGAAGAAGAUUCGUAAUAUAGUUCAUUGGUCGCCAUUCAUUCAGCAGUUCAAACGUAGAAAGUAUCCAUGGAUACAGCUUGCUGGACAUCAAGGAAAUUUCCAAGCGGGAGAUCCUGGAGCUAUAUUGAAGAAGUUUGACAAGAAGGAGCAUCGUUCAUUUAAUAUAUUGAUGAAAGAUGUACUUGGACCUUAUGUACCGGAAUAUAGAGGAGAAGUAGAGAAAGAUGGAGAAUGUUAUGUACAGCAACAAGAUUUACUGUGUGAGUUUGAGGCACCAUGUGUGAUGGACAUCAAAAUGGGUUGUCGGACAUACCUGGAGGAAGAAUUAUCUAAAGCAAGAGAAAAACCAACUCUGAGAAAGGACAUGUAUCAGAAGAUGGUAGAUGUUGACCCGACUGCACCAACAGCAGAAGAACAUAAUCAGAAAGGCAUUACAAAACCUCGAUACAUGCAGUGGCGAGAUGAUAUGAGCUCCACUACUGAAUUAGGCUUCAGAAUCGAGGGCAUAAGGAAAAGUGAUGGUGCACAGGUGAAGAAUUUUAAAACAACGAAAGAUAAGACCAGUGUUAAACAGUGCCUUAAACAAUUUGUAGAGGAAAAUCCAACCAUUAUUAAUAAGUACCUGAAAAGAUUAAAAGCUAUUAAAGCAACCCAAGAAGUAUCACCGUUCUUCAAUUCUCAUGAGAUAAUUGGCAGCUCUUUGUUAUUUGUUCAUGAUAGAACUGGACAAGCCAAAAUAUGGAUGAUAGACUUUGGUAAGACGGUUCCCCUUCCAGAAUCAGUGAAAGUUACCCAUAAAGACCGCUGGAUAGAGGGGAACCACGAAGAUGGCUACUUGAUUGGAAUUGAAAGUCUCAUUGUUAUUUUUGAAGAACUAAAUUCUGAGUUUAGAGGCUCCAGUUCAGAUACAGAACUUGUUGUGGAAACAGAAAACACAAAAAGUGACAAUAUAACAGUUGUAGCAGAAACUAGACAUACCUCAGUAGGAAGUAAUGAUAUCCAACUUGAUUCAUCCAAAAGUGAAAAGAAUGAAUCAAUAGUGUAGCUCAGUUUAUAUCAAAUGAGGUGCUUGAUUAAUUUCUGAGUCAUAUUUAUGUCGGAAGUAUUAUUUUUGUCAAGUUUUUUUUAUGUAUUAAUAUGUUUGUGUUACUUUUUUCAUUUCAAUGUUAAGAAACUACAUUUUCUUUGUGUCAAUAUUAUAGAAGAAAAAAAAUUUGCAUUUUGAGUUGUUUCCCUUUGAAACAUAAAAAAGAAUGUUUUUUUAGGUUGAUAAGAGUAUCUUCCCUUACUGUCUGAAGCAAGUGAACUGAAUCUUCCUAUGAAUAGAUAUUUGAUAUGAAAGCUUUAUCCAUUGAAUAUGCAUCAAAUAUGGGUAGAUCUGUACAGAUAGUCUAACAUUAACUUAAUGUCACUCACUUAUUGAUUGAAAUCUAGCUUUAGAUGAAGUUUUUAUGAAUUUUGAUCAUGUGACUUGUUGAUCUGAUUACUACUAGUUUAUUAAAAGUAUUUUUUUUGUCCUUUUUCCUUUUUCAUAAGCAAUCUGCUCCACUUGGUCUGACAAGUGCAAUUAAAAGAUUUUCAUUUCAUUUGUGUGUACAUAUAUAAAUGUCUUCAUCCUAUGAGUUAAAACUUAACUUAUGACAAUUUGUUUAGCUGAUAAUCAUGCAGUUCAAGAUUUAUAGUUGAAUUUAACAAUGACCUUUUUAAAUAACGGAUAGUUUUAGUUGACCAGUGUGUAAUUUUUGCACAACACCCUAGGAUGAUUUAGAGACUUGUAUCAUAGCUUCUUACAGUUAAAUUUAUAUUGAAUAUAUUCAUGAAUAUUCAGGUUAUAUCUAAUUUUAUAUUCUAGUGACCUUUAUUACCAAAGGUCAUUUUGAACUAUACCUAUAGUUUUCAAAGUUUCUGUACAAAUAAUGGCAGGCAUUGUUAUACCACAAUUCCUUCUCAGAAUGAGAGUGACACAAAAUAUUUUCAGUGCUUUUGGGGUAAAUAAAGGGAUUUACGACAAACAGGCAAGCACGUUAUUAGAUUGUGUCGAAGAAAAUGGCAUUAUUUUGUUCUUUCUUUAGGACCUUGUCGAUGAAUCUGGUGUUUAUGUAAAUUUCUAUCUCGAGGAAUAUUUGUCUCACUUUUGGACAGAAAGUAGGACAGGUAAGAACAUUAGGCCAUCCCAUGUCUGUGUAUUGAAUUAUGUUAACAUAUUUGUGUAUAAGAUUAUAGUGUUAACAUACUUUAAUACACACUGUUAUGGAAACGUAUGUGUUUUUUCUGUUGUCAUUUUAUAAUGUACAUGUGCUAACAGUUUUAUUGUGACAUGUUUUGGUAACUUACAUGUGUACAGUUUUUAUCAUUUUGUGUAUUUUGGUCAUUUCAUGCUGGCAUAUUUGUGUGUUUAAAGUACUAUCAAAUUUGGCGUACAUAUGUGUAAAUUUAUUAUCAAAAUUUGUCUUUUUCCAGACAAUAUAUAUGUGCAAUUGACACUGUAUAUGAAAAUACACAAAUAUGUACCAUUAAUGAUUAACUUGUACUUGUAUAUAAGUUUUCAAAUACUGGGGGUAAAAAAACCCAAAUAAUUCCAAACUGUUCGUUUGACAAAUCAUGGUAUCAUCCCUACAUGGUGCUGUUUAUUGACAUACACUGUUUAUUGCAACAUUUUUAUUUACCGGAAGAUCAUAUUUCCAUGAAUAAAUAUAUUUAUAUAUAUAUGUACAUGUAGCUCUGAGUAUGACAACUAUUUAAAUAUAUAUGUUUUAUGUAAAACAAUUUGAUAUACUGUUUUUCUUAAGGAGACGCAAAAAUGGAAAAGUUUUAAAAUUUUGCUUCUCGUAUAGAUUCUAUAUAAGUUUUUUUUGUGAAGAAGUAUACAUUUUUUUUAUAGAAACUAAAUAGUACUGAUUUAUUUUUUUAUUGCAUUUCAAUAGUUUCAUGUUUUAUGUAACAAAUUCAUUUUUUUCCCAUUUAUUUGUAUUUUGAAUUUAUUAUUAUUUUUGACUUGACCUUCAGUUGUGUUGUGACUGUACUAAUUCUGAAUUCUCUUCCUCUCACAUAUUUAAUGCAAUAAAACAUCCCAAAAUAAACUGGCAAUUGAAAAUUUUAAAAGGAGAUUAAGUUAGGCUAGUAACUUUAGGCUCAGUUGUUCACAAUUUUGUUUUGAGUUUUGGCAAUAUUUAAUGCAGCUUGAUUACAGAAAGAAAUGAAAAUAUUUAAACAUUUACAAAUUUUUUACUUGGUAUAUUAGCUUAUUUAGUAUCUCUGCCUCUUAUAACCCUUAUCCUGUCUAAUGAACUCAUCCUUACUUGAAUUUGGAACUAUCCAUUACAAGUGCAAGGGAUUUAGAUAUUUAGUAUCAAAACUUAGUUAUAUAGAGUGUGAUGAGACAGCACAGGCUUUCAGAUUGGCCUGGCUUUAUACUGGUGGUAUAAGAUCUGUAAUUUUUGCUACUGACCAUAAUUAUAUAACUGCUUUAACCCUUAAACCUGCUAUUGGCAACUGAUUCUGCCCAUACAAUCAGUGCCUACCAUGAUCUGGAGACACAACAAUACUGUCUGAUCAUGGUUUGCACUGUUUGCUGUUCAUUCAGUACAAAUUUCGAAAUUUUCCCUAAAAAAUGAUAAUGGUUUGGUCCAGAUUUAAAGAUGGACAAGUCCAUAUAAGAUGUUUAGGGUGAUAAGGGUUAAGAUGAGCAAAUCUUGCAUUUAAGUAUUUUUCAUCUCCAGAGUUCAUUUUAUCAUUGUGUAAUAUAGUUUAGGACUAGUUUCAAAAGAAAACAUUCACUUUUUUUGUCAUUUUAAAAAUUAAUGUCACACUUUUGAAACUAUUUGUUCUUGGGACCAUAUUUCGACAUGCCCGUACUAAUAAAGGUUUUUUUUCGAGUCAGAGGCCACUCUGGAUACCAUUUUGCCUUCAGAAAGUAUUGAAAUCAUUCCAGUAAGACAGAUUUAGAUACAUAUAUAUUUACAGAACAAACUGCUGCUUAUCAAAUUCCAAAUACUGUUUAUAUCUCAAUCAGCAUUUCUUAUAAAUAUUCCAUUUUUUUAUGUCAUAAAUAUGUCUUUUUUUGUACUGAUAAGUGUAUGGCUUUGUUUAUAACCUUUUGAACUUUGACCUUUUACAAGGUUGAAUUAUUUCUGUAACCUUUGACCUUUUACAAGGUAAUAGUAUCUCUGUAUGUUUUAUGCUGAAUAAUCAUCUUUGUUAUACCUUUAUUGCAUUUUCUUGUAAAUGUUACUUAUAAAUUUGAUUGCUAUUUUAUUGUUAAUAUAUCAAAAAUUACCAAAAAAUAAAUUUUUGAUUACUAUGAAAA